UACUUGGAUCCGGAUUAGGGUUAGGGAUUUGGGCGUUCUCCCUCCGGCUCUGACGACUCCCACAUCUUACCCACACCAUACCGUCGAUCAUGUCGAAGAAGAUCACCUUGAAGAGCUCCGAUGGCGAGCCUUUUGAGGUUGACGAGGCAGUGGCGCUUCAGUCUCAGACUAUUAAACAUAUGAUCGAGGACGAUUGUGCCGACAGUGGCAUCCCCCUGCCUAAUGUGACCAGCAAGAUCUUGGCUAAGGUCAUCGAGUACUGCAAGAAGCACGUCGAUGCUGCCAAUUCUGAGGAGAAAAUCUCCGAAGAUGAUCUCAGGGCUUGGGAUGCUGAUUUCGUCAGGGUUGACCAGGCCACGCUCUUCGAUCUCAUUCUGGCCGCAAACUACUUGAACAUCAAGAGCCUUCUGGAUCUUACAUGCCAGAAUGUAGCGGACAUGAUCAAGGGAAAGACUCCUGAGGAAAUUCGCAAGACCUUUAAUAUUAAGAAUGACUUUACUCCUGACGAAGAGGAAGAAGUCCGCCGUGAAAACCAAUGGGCAUUUGAAUGAGUGAUCAUGUAUUAAGCUUUCUGAAGUUUCAAUAACUUGCUAUGGUUGUUUAUGAUAUACUUAGUAUAUUUUGCUGAAUCUAUGUAUUUGGUGACUAUUUUCUCGUCUCAGACAUAUCUUCCUUCUUGAACUUAUGUGCAUUUUGAAUUGUAAAUAAUAGCUUAAUAUGGAAUGGGGGCGAGUGGUUUGAUUCUGUCAUGA